AAUCUUCACUAUGGCCCCUAAACAUGUAGAAAAGUUCCUUCUCCUUCUUACAUUUUUCACAAUUUCUGUGCACGGAUGGGCGGAAGAUGAUUGUCCGCAUACAAUUUGUGUUGGGGUAGCGGAAGAUUACUUUAUAGACAACCCCGGGAAUUGUAGUGCAUUCUUUCAAUGCAUCAACGGUCGCGCAGUUGCUGGACGUUGCCCUGAUGGUUUCUAUUUCCAUCCAUCACUGCAGAAAUGUGAAGUUCAUUGGCAAGUACCGUGCAAUCCGGGUGAUGAAAUUGAGCUUGAAUGUGUUGAGGAGGAGCCCACUGAUCCAACGGAUCCUCCAACUGUGCCGCCUGAUACACCUCCAAUAACGGAUGAACCUACAACAACUACUACCACAACAACAACAACAACUACAACGACUACAACAACAGAGACACCUCCAACAAUUUCACCUCCAACAACUGAUUUCCCUACAACCCCAGAUUGGUUACCUCCAACAACAGAUUUCCCCACAACAACAGAGGAACCACCAGUAGAAGAAGAUCAUCCAUUCUUGUGUCGUAUGAAUGAAGUCUACGUUCAACAGCAUCCAACAAAUUGCUCAAAAUAUAUCCUUUGCUUUAAUGGAGUUGUCCACAUAAGGAACUGUGCCCCAGGUUUGGAGUGGGAUUCAUCCCGAGAACAAUGCAACGUUCCAGCAGAUGCUCAAUGCCAGCCAUCUGUAUGCCCUCUUGACAAUGAUCCUCACAAUCCGAUCUUCCUCUAUGAUGACAAUCAAUGUGAGAACUUUGCUAUAUGCGUCAACGGUCUACCGCAGUGGAGAUCAUGUAUUCCUGGGUUUCAUUGGGAUCGCGUAAAUGAAUGGUGUACAACGCCACAAAAGGCCGGAUGUGAGAAGUGGGAAGAGCCGCCGAUUGAUGAAAUUGAAUGCCACGAAGACUCUCCGCUGAGGAAUCCCCAUCCAACUGAAUGCGGCAUGUACUUCCUUUGCGUUGAUGGUCAAUCCUUCCUGCGACAUUGUGCUGAUGGGCUUAUAUUUGACUAUAUUACACAAUCAUGCACAAAACCCAAUGCAGGUACCUGCUAUGCCGAUAUUGGAGGCCUACGAUCGAGAACGUCCUUUUUAUCAACUUUCGCAAAGAGGAAUGGUGAAUUGGAUCAUGUCUGCGAGAAUGACGAUGAGAGUCCAAUUAGAGAACAUCCCGAUACUUGUUUAAAAUUCAUCGUGUGUGACUCCGGAACUGCCUGGCCACUACCAUGUGCCGAUGGACAUGUUUUCGUGCGCGAACUCUAUGCAUGUGUCCCCGGAAAUGUAGAGACGUGUGAACCAUUUUAAGGAUAUCCAAAUUUUCUGCUUGGAAAUUAAUGAAAUAAAUUGUUGAAUAUUUGGUAAAAUAA